UCUCUCUCUCUCUCUCUCUCUUUCUCACACAAACAAACCAGGAUGAGGUAACUGAGUUUUGGUCGACGACGGCGCAGGAAGACAUGGGAGGAGUAGGCGAGCUGGUUAGUGGUGCUGCUCUAGGAACGGUGUUUUCAGGGUUAUGGAGUACAGUGAAGGAUGCCAAGAACCGUCUCAAAGACUUCAAAAACAAAUUACAGGACCUGGACGAUACUCUCCAACGUCUAGAUCCAAUGGUCAAAGAUAUACAAAACUUGAACGCACAGCUGAAGCGAUCAGAUCAGCGUGAUGUAGAUCGAUUAAAGUCAGUGAUGGAAAAGGGCGCGAAUCUGGUUUCCAAGUGUCUUCUCUUGCGACGACGAGACUUCAUCAAGAAGAUAUAUUACCACAAGAAGCUUGUGGAGCUCGACAACGACAUCAUCAGCUUCAACAAUAAACACACUUCGUUGAACACAUUUCGGGAGAUCCAGCUUCUACACUUGAAAGUCGACAAACUCUCCGAUCAGAUUCAAAGUCAAAGACCUUCCCCUAGUAAAUCCUCCGCUUGUGGUGGUGAGGGUGGUUGUGUUUCAGGAGAACCAAUAUAUCGCAGACCUCGUCCCCGAGCUGCCAUGGUAGCCCCCCCACCUUAUGCUGGAGUUCCGAGACUUGACAUACCUAUGCUCCUCUUCUUCGUCAUUUACAUUUAUUUUAUCUUUAAUGUUACCGGGACUGGAAUAGUGGAAGGCAUUUUCUGCUUCGCUUUGCUCAUCUGCAAACUCGUCUUAUUUCUGCUUGAAACUGACACUGGUUUGGCGAUGAUCAUAAAGGACGCCGGUGAGCUGAAAACGACGAUAAAAAAACUGAGAUCUACCAUGAAAUCACUUGCUCCUGUGUUAGAGGAGAUUAAUCAAGGAAGUCAAAAUGGUGAAAGACUGAGACGAUUGAUGGAAGAGGGUGAGGAGCUUGUUCGAAAUGGCUUAAAGAUAGGAUCUUGGAACGUUGUUAAGAAGUGGGAGUGCCAGAAGAAGAUAGUGGAGCUAGAAAAUAAGCUCUUAAGGUUCCAUAGCCGUCAUCUGCAAGCUCGCUUGGAAACGAUGAUUGACGCAGCAAGUGAUGGCUUAGAGAUGAAUGAGAAUGAAUAUUCGUUUUAUAAGCCCGCACGUUAUUUUGAUGAGGAUCCUCAUAUGAAGGAAGGGAGGCAUACCGAAACGAAAGCGUAUGAAUCAGAAUCACACAACAAACUCAACAAUUUAGAAUCUUAUCAGUUUCUGGACUACAAUAGCCCCAUUUCAAGUUCCAUUGGGGGAUUUCAACAACAAGCAUUGGGAAAUUAAAACAUAGGGAGCUACGACGUAACUUGCAUGUUUUAUUUUUAUUUUUUUUAGUAGUCUGAAGUUCAAAUUGUAUGCACUACUUGCACGGGGACCUGCCGGAGCAAGACCAUGUACGGCUAUACUUUUUUCAAGGAUUAGGUUGAACAAUCUUUUGGGUUAAUAUAUAUGUGUUUGUGA